AUGACAUCGAAGAGAAAGCAGUACAGAGAACACAAGGAGGAAGAACGGCAGACUCUUCAAAAACUUGAACAGAAGCAUGUUCGAAUUGCCAAGGUGGACUCUCAAAAGCGGAAGAUGGAUGCAGAGAUCAAGAUGCCUAGAAAGAGGUUCUAUCGCCAAAGGGCUCAUUCAAAUCCUUUUUCUGACCACAGCUUAGAAUAUCCCAUGAGUCCAAAUCAGAUGGAUUGGGCUAAAUUAUAUCCUUAUUAUCAUGACGAAAAAGUCAUGGCCCCUGGAAAGAUCAGCAGGGAAGUGCAGAUAACAGAUAUUGGAUGUGGCUUCGGUGGUUUAACGGUAGCAUUGGCCGCUGAAUUUUCCGAUACUUUGAUUCUAGGAAUGGAGAUCAGGGUUCAGGUGACUCAAUAUGUGGAAGAUAGGCUCCUUGCGCUUAGAGAAAACUCUCCUCCUGGUCAAAACGUGUACCAGAAUGCAGCUGUCAUCCGUGGAAAUGCUAUGAAGUUUCUUCCGAACUUCUUCCAUAAGGGACAGCUCAGUAAGAUGUUUUUUUGUUUCCCGGAUCCUCAUUUUAAGCAAAGAAAGCAUAAGGCUAGAAUUGUCACCACUACAUUGCUCAGUGAAUAUGCUUACGUGCUGAAGGAAGGCGGUAUUAUUUACACCAUUACCGAUGUGCUUGACUUGCAUGAAUGGAUGGUUCAUCAUUUGGACGGACAUCCUCUUUUUCAGCGUCUGGACAAGCAGUGGGAAGAUUCUGAUGACUGUGUACGUAUCAUGACUAAUGCUACCGAAGAAAGUAAGAAAGUGUCUAGAAACAACGGUAGCAAAUACAUAGCGUGCUAUAAAAGGUUGCCAGAUCCUGAAAUAUAG